AUGCGUAUGGUAACUGCAAUCGGAUACGCACGUGCAGCUUCAGAGCGAAGUUACCUCCCAUCACCACUUGGCAAUGCAUUUACACAGCCAGCACUGGAAGCAUGUCUAGUGCAUACUUUCGAGCAUGCAGCUGCGGUCAACAUCGGUCUUCCAGACUUCCUGGCCAAUACAGGCUACCGAUCCUCUCAAAGCACCACCGACGGUCCUUCCCAGCAUUCCAUUGGCACAGAAUCGACUUUCUUUGACUUUCUCCACAACGACCCGCGCAAAAUGCACAAUUUCAACACGUAUAUGACUGGAAACCGCAACCUUCGUAAGCAUUGGACAACAUGGUAUCCCGUGCGUCAACAGUUUCUCACGGAAUGGAGCUCCGCCGGGGGAACGGAUAUCCUUCUGGUGGAUAUGGGUGGCGGUCGAGGGCAUGAUCUGCAACGCUUCGUGGAUGCAUUUCCAGAAUCUCACGGCCAUCUCGUUCUGCAGGAUCUGUGUGGCACGAUAGCGAGCCUGCCCCCACUGGAACAAUGUGGUAUCACGGCUAUAAGCCAUGACUUGUUUGCUAGUCCGCAGCCACCUGCUAUUUUGGGUGCGAAGGUUUUCUUCGCGCAUUUCCUACUUCACGACUCCUCGGACGAUCAAUGCCGUGUCAUGUUGCAGCAUGUCAGCCGCGCAAUGAGACCUGGCUACUCGAAGCUCCUACUCAGCGAGGCGGUACUUCCGGAACGAGGCUGCCCGAGUUUCUUUGCUGCAGCUGAUAUCACAAUGAUGACCGCAUUGUCAGCUAAGAUGCGAUCUCGGCGCCAAUGGAUAGAGUUGGUCGAAAGUGCGGGGCUACAAGUUCUGCAGGUUUGGGUAAGCCCUUAUCAUAAUGACAAUGAGGGGGUGGUGCAAGCUAUCGUCCAUUGCAACUAA